AACGGCUAACGGCUAACAACAGAGCAGAGGAGCAGGGCUGUCACACACAUGUGGUUCAUUGAUUCAUACACAUUUUGCCUAUAAAGUGGUGGGUCUUAAUGCGUUUGACGAGAUGACAGCCAAUGAAGUGCGUCUGUGUGGGCUUCUGCUGCGGGAGCACUUUGGAGAGGUGGUGGAGAAAGUGGGAACUCACCUGCUCAAAAAUGGACCAGAGACUUUAAGAACCAUCAUUCAUGAGACAGGCAUGCCCCUGGAUCAGGUGAAGAAGUCUUUGUGUGUUUUGAUGCAACAAGGCGCUUGUACCUUUUGUUCUGGGCGUAAAGGACCCGGGAGCCCAGCCGAGUACUGUGCCAAUGGGGACCGCAUCCUGAGAAUCCUACGCUACCCUCGGUACAUCUACACCGCCAAAACCCUGUACGGAGACACGGGCGAGCUGAUCAUAGAAGAACUGCUGCAAAGAGGCCACUUAACCAUGAGCGAGACGGUGAAGACUGUGGCUGAUAGACUCACACAGAACAUGGAGGAGGGCCGUAGCAUGGAUUACAGUGAAGUCUCAUCUUCAUUCUCCAAAUUAGUUGAAACCCAUUUCCUUCAGCGCUGCCCUCCGGUGGGAGUAGAGAAAAAAGCCUCUUCUUCAGAUAAUCCCGCUCCUCCAGUCACCAACCCCGAGUCUGCAGAGAGCUUCCCCGACUGUUACAAAGUGCCUCAUGUUACGCUGAUAGGACGAGGGAAACGGCCUCUCGUCACUGAAGAUGGAGAGGAGCAGAGAAACGCAAAAAAGCGCAAACUUGAUGCACAGGCACAUGGUGAUGAGGGCAUUUACUGGCAGGUGAAUUUUGAGAGGUUUCAUCUCCACUUCAGAGACCAGACCAUCAUCAGUGCUGUAGCCAACAAACUCGACCAGACCAGCAGUGAGAUCGUUCGGACGAUGCUGAGAAUGAGUGAAGUGACCACUGCUCCUUUGGCCCCCAGCACAAAGCCCCUCUCAGCCAACGAAAUCUUCAGAUCUCUCCCAUCGAGCUACAGCAUCCAGAGACAAAUAUUAGACCAGUACCUCAGUCUUCUCGUAGAUGAUCCGAUGGAGUUUGUGGGGAAAGCUGGUGAGAGUGGAGGAGGAAUGUUUGUUGUCAAUUUGCACAGAGCUCUGGCCAAUCUGGCGCGGGCAACACUUGAAUCAGUCGUACAAGAGAGAUUUGGAUCCCGGUCGGCACGCAUCUUUCGCUUGUUGUUACGGACCCGUCAUUUAGAACAAAAGCAGGUGGAAGACUUUGCCAUGAUUCCAGCUAAAGAAGCAAAAGAAAUGCUCUACACACUGGUCUCAGAAAACCUCGUCCAACUCCAGGAAGUUCCAAAGACCCCAGAUUAUGCUCCUUCUCGCACUUUUUAUCUUUACACAGUCAACCAGCUGCCCACUGCGAGGAUGCUCCUACAGAACUGCUACAAGUCAGUGGGCAACCUCAUAGAAAGACGCUUGUUUGAAACUAAAGAAAGCAAACGUUUGCUGGAGAAAUCUCAGAGGAUAGAAGCGAUCCUUGCGUCGCUGCAGGCCAGUGGAGCAGAGCCAGAGCAGCUCACUGAGGUGGAGGAGAUGAUCACUGCAGCCGAAAAACAGCAGCUGAGCGCCUUACGACUCCACGUUAACAAGCUGGAUUCAGCAGAGAACCAGGUGGAUGAAACCAUUUUUCUUUUGGAAUCUUACAUUUUCUCCACCAGCUUAACUGCCUGAAGGGACAACACUAGUACAAUAAUGUGAAUGUCAAUACGCAAUUAAUGAUAUGGUAUGUUAUCGUUUGAAGUAUUUGAGUUGGAAUAAAAUUGAGAAAUAUUUUA